GACCGAGCCCGAAAAUGGCGAAGCCAUCCACGGACAAGUUUUUGUCGCAGUGAAUAUCACGCGUGGAAUGCCAUGGUUCAGAAAAGAUGCAGAGCCAGGAUGGUUUGUUGUGGGCGGUCGCAGAGCGGCAGAGAGGUUGAACGCAGACUGGCUUGACAAGAAGGAUUUGGGGCAGCUUUGCGAGGACAUCACUCGCCUGGGAAACCACCUUCAUUUGUUUGAGGAUGAGCCGUACGUCCUCUGCAAGAGCGAAAAGUACUGUAGUUUCUGUUUGUUUCUGAUGACUGCCGUCUUCGUCUUCAUUACAGUGGCCAUCAGUGUUUUGAAUCAGGAACACUCAGCUGCACUGAUGAUCACCUCGGGAGUCCUGCUGGGCGUGACCACCAUGUGUUGUUUUUGCAUGAAUUUUCGGAGGAGACGAAUGAUGGAUUGGGAGGCACUUCUCGAAGCCUUAGCUAUUUUUUGCCGGUAGCGAUGAUUCCCAACAGGGACUUGCAGUUCGGUCUCUGGCCGAAGCGGGGGGCUGCAUCGGCCGAUGCCAAAACCUGAGGUGUAUGGUGGAGGUGUAGAACUUAGACGAGCUUUUUCAGCCAACUCGAACCUGAACCUGUCGCAAAAGUAACAGUGUCAAUUAGCCAGGGAAACAGAUAACACAAAAUAAAGACAUGUUACAUCUGUUGUAGAUACAGUAUGGAUUUAUAGUCACGUAUGAAGCGAUUCUAGCUUAAUCAGCUGCAGAGAGCCAAAGUGUGACCGAGCCAGAUGACUAUAAACUUCUUUCCGUUUGUUGCCAUGAUCCAGACACAUACAGUAGAUUGAGAAUCAGAUUUGUGCAACCAUGCAGGUGCCUCAUGGUUCCAUCAAAAGAUUUGCAGCGAGGUGGAGCCGGAAGCAAGUUGGCUCAUGUGGCUUUUCGUUUCGACGCUGCUUGAAUGCGGCGUUGUUGGUUUUGUUGCCGCCUGUGGCUACACCACUGUGAUUUUCAUAGCUCAGCAGUGGUACACAGACAGUUAAUCACCUAUUCACUAAUCCGAUUAUAAGUUAAGUUUCCCUAUACAUUUAGGAACCACAUGAUUAGUGCGAGCACGAGCUAUCCUGCGUCCUAGGUAGUAGCUACUUAAGCUACUAACUACCUCUUCUCCUAGCUAUACCUAGCUACUUCCUACCUCCACACGGCCUACCCCCCCCGUGCAACAAAACUCAGGUAUGGAUUGAACUUGGCUUUUGAGUUUCAUCAAGAUGGUCCAAGCUACUUCAUCCUCAAGCCAAAAGCAGAGGUUUCGGGGACUGAGCAAACAGGCCAAGGGGUCGACCAGGUCUGAGAUCAACGUACCCUUGUGUCCAGCCUGAGUCUUGUAUAGACGCCAAGAAGUCAGGCAGAAAUUCAAGACUUGAUAAAGAUCAAGGCAGAUAUUUUGAAAUCAAAGGCCAUGACGUCCGUAGCUUAUGAGGUGUGGAGGUGACUGUCAAAAGACAGGCAUCUUCAACUAGAUUUGUUUGACUGCCCGCAUACGACGGGCGAGACGUAUCAUCACUGUACGUAGGUAAACGUAGUUAUUGUAGAGCUACACUGCAGGGAAGAUCCCAGCUCUUGGUUUUCGCUGGACAAUACUGUGGAGUUCAGGGCAGGGUGGCAUUUUGUCAGUAGCUUCAUGUAUAGGUGGGAAGAGAGCUCACUCUGGCUUUCUCUCUAUUCAAUUCGCAUUCAUGAGUCAUGAUCCUUUGUGUGUCUUUCAAAAUGCCAACGCAGUCUAGAGCCUUGGGCUUCGUUCACUUUGUUCACCAUGUUCAGUGCCACAGAAUCCAAGAACCUUUGUGAUUCAUGCCUUUGUCAUUUCUAUGACU